UACCUUAUCUGAUGGUGCACGCGAUUUUGAAAAUAUAUUAAAUACAGCGACAAUACAAUAAUGAUCAUUUUGCUACGCAUUUACGAACAGCAAUCAUGUUAUUUGUUCCCAUUAUAUUGUUUUCUUUGGUGAGGUUUGGUUGGUGCGAUCCGCCUGGUGUGCAAUUUGUAGUGAACAUGAUCUCCCAAUUAGAGAGCUGCGAUGAAGUGAGCGAUGCGGCGGUUGAUACUUCUGGAGUCGUAGUGGGCAGGUACAAUGAAACCAUAGCCUACAUGCGUGGCAAUGUCAAAUUCUUAAUAGACGUUGGAGCUGAAACCAUGGUCGAAAUGUUACUAUACAAAGAAGCGAAUAAUAAAUACGAAUUAAUGUUUUCACACGAGAUCUGUGACCUCUGCGCUGAAGUAGCGAAGGGCGAAGAUAGUGAUUACAUCUCCUAUAUGAAGUACUUUGGCAUACCUUCCGAGUGUCCAUUUGACGCGGGCGAGUAUCCUAUCCUGGAGUUUAUAGUGGACACAGAUGAUUUGCCGGUGAACAGCAACACGGUAGGAAGAUACCAAGCAUACUUGAAUCUUUACAAAAAUCCUGAGAAAGAUUGCAAAUCUACGAAGAUAUUUAUGUUCUGUCUCUCUCUUAAGUUGAUCAUUGAAGCUGAUUAAACCGUAGAUACUAAAUACUAAUUCAACUCGGUAAGUAACAUGGCAAAAUUAAAAUUCUAAAUCUUAUAGUAUUGUAUAAUCAGAUUGGAGUAUAAUAAAUUGUGAUAUCAUUUUCUGUUGAA